GGUACACAUAGGGUCUCACUAUAUAAUAAUUUCACCAUGCAUAUAAUGCGCCUUGAAUUUUGUUCAUUUGGCUCCAAAGAAUUGGGAGACCAAGUCUUUCCUUAGUCGUUAUUACUCUUUGUUUGGGUGAAUUUUUUAAAAUUUGACUUAUAAACCUCUUUCAUUCACAAUUGUAAUUUUUAUUUUGAAAGUCUCUGUCUUUCUCCAUCUCUCUUUCCCUAUUGUUUUUAUACCUUUCAUUCAAUCUAUAUAGAUUUUUUGUUAGUUUGGUUUGGGUGGUGCGAGGGAGGAGGGACAGAUAGAAAUGGAUGCCCUAGAGGAGGUGGUCGUCGGAGGUCCAAAUGAUCUCUCCCUCCCCAUUGCCAACAAGGGCAAAAGAACCAAGCGCUCCAAGCCCCAUUCUCCUAUCAUCUCUUUCACCAUGGUAACUCCAUCACCCCAUUCCUCCUCCGCCGCCGGAGACGAUGACAACACCGCCUCCGGGGCUUCUGCCUCCGGAGGUGGCUUUGCAUUAAUCCUCCACGACACGCCGCCCACCGCAGAGGACGAAGACAUGGCUCGUUGCCUCAUGCUCUUGUCCCGAGGCGGGACUCCUUCGUACAAGGAGGAAGACAUUGGCGCUUAUAACAACAACAACAACAACAAUUAUGUCGGCAGCAAGUUCUGCAGCAAAAAGUACGUAGAGACGAGCGCCGUGGGAGGGGGCGCGAAAGUCGGGAUGUACGUCUACGAAUGCAAGACGUGCGGGCGCACGUUCCCGACGUUUCAAGCGUUGGGGGGGCACCGCACGAGCCACACGAAGGAGAAGCCCGUGUUGGCAAUCGAGGCGGCAAAGAGGCCGGUGGCUCUGGCAUUCUACGACGGCGGGGACGAGGACUACGACCCGUCCCCGCCCAACAAGACUGCCAGAGCCUGUUUCUCCCCCCUCCAUCUCAACGAUUUCGCCAAAUCCUCUCCGAGGAUUCACGAGUGCUCCUAUUGCGGCGCGGAAUUCACCUCCGGCCAGGCGCUCGGCGGCCACAUGCGGCGCCACCGCGGUGCCGCCACCGCCGCCACGGUCGCCUCUUGCAGCUUUGAGAAAAGGGUGUUUCAAAAGGAUAAUCAUGGAGACUCUUUGAAUUUAGAUCUCAACCUUGCACCUGCCGGAGAGUUGGAUGUUGGAAGAAACUGGAUAGAGCUGAAAGAAACUCGAAUGAGUUAGAAAAAGUUGAAAGAAUUAGAGUCUUAAAAAAUUAUUUAAUUAAAUGAUCACCCAAACAAAUAUGUAAGAAAAUAAUUUUGGAUACAAAAAAAGAAUUCAUCUUCAUCCGUGUUUGAGGUGGUAUGUAAGAAAUUUGGAUAUAUAAUGUUAUUGCAUAAUCAUACAUAUAAAUACUUUUUUAAAUCAUUGUUGUAAGAAAUUUGAAAGAGUUAAAAGAAUUGGAAAUUGGAAGAAACGGAGUAAUUGGAAAUUAGUUUUUCCAACUCAAAAAAAGGGUUUCUUCUCUUUGAUGAUUUUUCUUCUCUACGCAUGUGCAUCUCUGUGUUGUUGCAUCCUCCUCAUCUCUUCUUCACAUAAGAAUUGUUUGGGUGCCCUAGAUGGUACUUACAUUGAAGUGCAUGUGCCGGUUAAGGAUAAACCAAGGUUGGGAAGGUUUUGCACAUGAUGUAUGCGUCCUUCGAGAUGCACUUUCUAUGCUAAAUGCUUUAAAAGUAUCCUAAGGUAAUCAUGGAAAGGAUGAAUCUAGAAUCCAUUCUGGAGGGAAGCAUGACGGAGGAGAUGUUUGGAUGUGAGAACUCAAAUGGUUUAUUAAUACGAUGCAUUUUUAAUAUGAAUGAUUUUCUAAUAAUAAUAUCAUAGUGGUGUUUGAUUAAAUAACAACUUAGCUUCCACACUAUUUGUAUAAACUUCGGUAAGUAUUCAAAUAGUUCUAAAAUGUUUGGGUUUUGAAUUAAAUGUUUUUAAUUUUU